AUGGAUUCCGCUGGCAAUGUUUCCCAAGGUGCAGAGGUGGCAUCCAUUGCCUCUCCCAUAAACCUUGUCCUUUUCUCCCUCUUCGUCGUGGUGGUUUAUAUGCAAUUCCGACCCAAGGCACCUGUUAGCCUGCCAAAAGAACCCGCCCCGGUUGUGUUUCGCACAUUCACGCCUACGACAUUAAUAGAAUUCAAUGGCCAAGGCAAUAAGCCCGUAUACCUUGCUGUUCGCGGAAAAGUUUUCGAUGUUAGCCCAGGAAGAAAUUUCUAUGGACCGGGCGGACCGUACGAAAACUUUGCUGGCCGAGAUGCAACUCGCGGCUUAGCUUGUCAGAGCUUCGAUGAGGAUAUGCUCACCAAAGAUCUGAAGGGGCCCCUGGAUGACUUGCACGGUUUGGAUCAAGAGCAGCUCGAAAACCUGAGAGGCUGGGAAGAAAGAUUCCUGGAGAAGUAUCUGGUGGUGGGGAAGCUGGUUGCAGAAAGUGACCCGGAAGCUCCGAAAUAA